AUGGCUAAGAGAAAAAUGGAAGUACCCAUAGUGAGUGAAAAUAAGUUCAGUGUACUGGACGAUGAUGAUGACGGCGGAUCAACCGUUACCGUCAGCGAAAUGGAUGAAGACAUUCAGCCGAAAACACCAAAUAUAUCGCCAAUCAAGGUGCUGAGUAAAAUCAACAAUAUAAAAGCAUUCCACGAGGAAUUGACAAAAAUUGCAAAAGAUGUGCAUUUUCGCUCAUACACCAACACGAGUAACAUCAUCACUUACAAUAAAGUUGAUCAUGAUGCAAAAGAGCCAGAGCUACAUAGUCAGUCUGCAACGUCAUCUUUGGAAGAACCAGUGAGCCCUCUUCCUGAAGAAAUUACAGAGUCGAAGCAGACAACUGAUAUUCUUCAAGAGGAGUUCCAUACACCAAGCCCCAUCAUGCAGGAAGACUUCAAGGACGGAGCACCCUUCAUGCGGCUGGAUCAACGUGUGGCAGCAUUUCCAGAGCUCACACGUAAAUCCCGUAACAAUACACAACAGAACUGGCGAUCGAGAAUGGCUCAAGCUGGGAAUGAUCCUCUGUCUGGGUUUCUUACCGCAAUUGAGAAGCUCAUAGAUGCCAAGCUGAAAGAGGUUAAGCCAAUUGUUCCGGAAGCCACAUCAUCAAUACCUGAAGUGUCCAUGGAUGCCCUUGCUCGCUCCAUAGCAGCAUUUACGUUCUCUCCGGAGGACAAUAUGACCUUCGGUGUGUGGUAUUCCCGGUACAAGUCAACAUUCCUGAGCGAUGGAAGCAAUCUCGACGAUGCAGGACGUGUGAGACUCCUUCUCCGUCGACUGGACAAUACUGCUUACUACAGAUAUGCCAAUCUCCUACGUCCGAUAAACCCAGCAGAUCUCUCAUUCGAUGACAACAUCUCGAGACUUUCCAAGUUGUUUGGAAAGGGAGAGUCUCUCUUCAGUCUUCGUCGGAAGUGCCUACAGCAUGUGAUGAAGGAAUCUGAGGAUUGGGCAGCGCACGGGGCUGCUAUCAACAGCCUUUGUGAAGAUUUUCGGCUAGGUGAAUGCACGCCUGAUCACUUUAAGGCAUUGAUCUUUUGCAUCAGCAUCCAAAGUGACAAGCAUGUCUUUGUCCGGGAGCAGCUACUGACAUGCUUGGAAACUGAGCCCUCAAACAAAAUCAAUUUGGGGUUCCUGAUUGAUGAAGCUCAGAGAAUUUCCAAUAUGAAGAAGGAUGCUCGUCUUGAUAUCACUCCUGCCAACGUCAGUGCUAUCCGGAAGACGCCAUCGCGACCCUCUUCACAGUCUGACCGCCCGCCUCGACCGUGUUUCCUGUGUGGCGGAAUGCAUUUCAUCCGGGACUGCGUCCACAAAAAUACGAAAUGCCAGGAUUGUGAUACUGUCGGUCACAAAACGGGUUACUGUCCCCCUAAAAAGGGUCAGGAAGACAGCAGAGGAACCGCUGGAAAGCCCAAGAAGAGGUUCUUCAAGAAGAAGAAGAAGGCAUCGGCAAACACCUAUGCAGUUUUCACCGCUCAUCCGAGAGGAAGAAAAUUCUUGACUCCGCAGAUUAACGGCCACUCAGUGGAUUUCCAAUUGGACUGCGCUGCGGAUGUCUCGGUGGUAUCCAGGAGUACUUGGGAGGUUCUUGGAAAACCUAACCUCUCAGAACCAUCUGUUCAUGUCAAAGAUGCUCAAUCACGUAGGAUUCCCAUCAUUGGUGAGUUCCAAUGUGACAUUGUGCUCCAUGGAAAGCAAGCUCGAGGUCGAUGUUUGGUAUCCGACAAUGCCAAGACGAACCUGUUCGGGAUAGAAUGGAUUAGUGAUCUCGGAUUGUGGGAUGUAGCGCCUAGCGCCUACUGUUAUGCAAUUCAAGAAGAAAUUGACACCACGAAGGCUGUCAAGGAGAUCCAGGAAGCUUUCCCAGACGUUUUUGGAACGGAAAUUGGGAAAUGCACUCGUGUCACAGCGACAAUCCAUCUAAAACCCGAUGCCGUGCCUAUCUUCCGGCCAAAACGCCCUGUUGCCUUCCAUCUGCUGCCAACUCUCGACGAAGAACUGCAAAGAUUGCAGGGAUCUGGAAUCAUCACUCCAGUGGAAUACUCCCCUUGGGCCGCACCCAUCGUCGUGGCACGCAAAGCGAAUGGCAGCAUACGGAUUUGUGGAGACUACUCUACUGGUCUCAAUGAGUCCAUCGAGAUGAAUAACUAUCCAAUUCCGGAUCCAGAUAGUUUGUUCAGCCGCAUGUCCAACAAGAGUGUCUUUAGCCAUAUAGACUUGUCGGAUGCAUAUCUACAAGUGCCCAUGGAUGAAGAAUCGAGCAAAUUACUCACCAUUCAUACUCCUCGGGGACUUUUCCGAUUCAAUCGGCUUCCACCUGGCAUCAGGAGUGCUCCAGGAAUUUUCCAGGAAGUCGUGGAGCGCAUGCUUCAAGGAAUUCCGGACGUGAUAUGCUACUUCGACGAUAUCUCUCGAGAAAUGUAA